UCCAGACUUUUCAGAUGAGAAGACUCCCUCCUUCUCUCCGUCUUUUCCACUGGUAUCGGUGUGUUGGCUGAUAUUCUUAGUCAUCAUGGCCCUUCGUUUCUACUUUACCUUGCUCAUUUCUGACAAUAUGGCCAAGCUGAGAGAAAACCAGACAGCUGCAGCAGCAGCCAAUCAGAACUUACUGUGCCCCAGCUCAGCCAAUGACAGCUUGAGGAGGAUUCUCAGUGAUCAGACGGUCCUCAUUGGUGACCUGAGACAAAACAACAGCAUCCUGACUUCAGAAAGUCAGCAGCUGCAGAUGGAGAAGAGCGCCUUAGAGAGACAAGUGGAGAAGCUGAGGAGAGAGAGGACUGAGCUCAGCUUGACUCGGACACAGAGAAUCCUUGAUGCCUACUGCCCCAAAACAGGAGACAAGGAAGAGAGACGGUGUAAUCCUUGUCAGGAGGGCUGGCUUCUCUCCCCGUCCAAUUGCAGCUGUUAUCUGGUUAUAACAAUAUAUGAUUACCAUGAACUGAAAACUUGGGAAGAAGCAAGAGAAGACUGCAGGCAGAGGAAUGCAGAUUUGGUUGUGAUAGAAAAUCACCAGGAGCAGGAAUUCAUCUAUGGAAUCAGCUCUGGGUCCAGUGACAGUGUUUUGCACGGCUAUUGGAUUGGCUUGAGAAGAACAAGUGGCGUCUGGAAGUGGGUCGAUGGAAGUGAUCUGACUGAAAGGUAA